CCGCGGCCCGCCAUUGGUUCAGCGCUUGGGCCAAUCGCUCGCGCCAUUUCUCGCUCUCUCGCCUGUCCCCUCCCUCCGCUUCCUGUCUCUGAGGGGAUUCUGCUGCUGCUCCUCCUCCCCCCCACCCAUGGCUCUCCGCCGCCCGGUUCACCUUCUCCCCGCUGUCGAGUAAAUAUUAUGCUCCCGCCUCUCGAGCGGGCCGAGUCUCGAAGAGUCUAGAUCGGUUGCCUAGACACGGAGGAUGGCCGGUGAGUGGACCCUUGGCGGCGCUGUCACCAGCUGGGCUUGGAGGGUCUCGCGGAAAUGCUGCCUCCCUUCUUGCAGCCGUCAUUAGCCUUCCAGCAAGAGCAAAAAAUGCAAAAGCAAAAAACAAAGAAAAAGGAGGACACGGUGGCUCCGCGUUUAAGAGGCGCAGAAGCAGCUUCCCGAUCUCAUUUCUAGUGACGGGAAAGUACAACUGAUGUAGUCAAGCUGCAAGUGAUUUCGGGGUGGGUGGGGAGCAUAACUGUCAACGUUUUCCCUUUUUUAAGGGAAAUUCUCUUAUUCCGAAUAGGAUUCCUCGAGAGAAAAGGGAAAAGUUGACAGCUAUGGUGGGGAGUCGUUUCUGCAGCCAGUAGACGUACCUACUCGCUUUAAGGUGGCCAGAAAUGGCAAACGACUUUCAAAUGUCAAAGCACAGAGUAUAUUUCUGCGGCAAUUAGGCCCGUGAUUUAUUUCCUUGUACAGUAGGGGUGCAAAUGAUAUCCCCACCCCACCCCCCCACACAUACAUUGAUCAUCAACCAACGUGUUUUUUGCUUCUUUAAUGCAAGGCAAGUGCUUUUUUUUCCUUUUAGGGAUACUGGUAACAAAGUACUGCAGCUCUUCAAGAGGUUAACUCUGAGGUUUUCAGAGCAAUCCCGCACUUGCGUAUCCUGAGAUACGCUGUGACUGCACCAGUGGAACAGCCAGCCUGUUCCAGGCAUCUCAUAUAGAAGUUAAGACUGUCAGCCAGGAGAGCCAUGUUCUGUCCCCAAUGUCAGAAGACGUAUGCCUUUGAAUGCCACCUGCUGGGAACUGCAGCUGCCCUCACGCCCUGCUUGCAGGUGUACCACAGAAACUUGGAUGGCCAUUGUGAGAGCAGGCUGCUGGACUAGAUAAGUCAUUGGCCUGAUCCAGCCAAGCUCUUCUUAUGCUCUUUCAUUCUUAUGCCCAGAAGGGGUUAGGAAAACACACAAGUAGAAAAUACAACAUAUAUGCAUAUAUGGCAGACCUGCCCACAGACACUGGAAACUCUGCACUCCCUGAUUCAUUAAUGGAAGAAUAGCCAUGGACUGAACAGGUAUAGCAUAUGGCUCUCCAUAGUAUUGGUCCCAUCCCACCCACAACUCCACUGGAUUUUUGUGUAUUUGACAUAUUCUACCACUGUGUCUGUCUUGGCAGCAGUGCAUCUGGCGUUCAUGCAGCAUAGCAAGGCUUCCAUCAAAUGCUACUGUAGCCUCUCAGACAGCAUGUAUUUAGUAUAGGAUUGUGCCUUCAGGCUGCAAUACUGUACUCACUUACAUGGGGGUAAGGCCCAUUUAUCUAAAUGGGACUUAUUUCUGACUAGGUGUGCAUUAGGAAGAAAGCCCCAUAACUUGGUAGGGUUCUCUUCUGAUAAACAUUCAUAAGAUGAAGGUGCACAUCUAUGCUUGAGCUUAGGUUUAACAAUGAGAAGACUGUAUCCAUAUGCACACACAAAGCUUAGGAACACCUGAUUUUCAGUGGAAUUUAGCUAUUACUUUCCUAGCACUGGAAAAUAACGAGGACUGCUGGAGAGUUACAGAAUUAUGGAGUACUAAGAAAGUCCUUCAAAUACAUUGCUGUGAAGUGUUUCUUGGCUUGUUUGUACAGCCUGUUAAUUUGAUCUAGACUUGCGUUCAUUUGCACGAUUAAAGCAAAUCCAAGGUGGGGUGUGUGUGUACGGAAUUACCGUAAUAGCUAGCAAACACAUUGGUGUUGAGAUGUGGAUGAUUCCUGAUGGCAAUCCCAAAUCAGCAUCUUCUGUACUUCUCCAUGUAAAGAACUGAUCUAUCUUGCAUGUACACAGGCACUAGAAUUUAAUAGUUGAAAUACUAAAACUAUUUGUAUUUACUGAAUUACCGUACGUAAUGCUGAAGUAUACCUUCAUCACUUUCAUACAAUAUUGAUGAAUUAUUCUAUACAGCAUAAUGAAUAUAUGUUUAUGUGUGUGUGAUAUAAAUAUAUAUAUGUAAAAAGUGAUGUAUAGAUAUAGAGGUAGAUAGAUAUUGCAUUGAUAAAAAGGUAAAGGGACUCCUGACCAUUAGGUCCAGUCGUGACCGACUCUGGGGUUGCGACGCUCAUCUCGCUUUAUUAGCCGAGGGAGCCGGCGUACAGCUUCCGGGUCAUGUGGCCAGCAUGACUAAGCCACUUCUGGUGAACCAGAGCAGCGCAUGGAAAUGCCGUUUACCUUCCCACUGGAGCGGUACCUAUUUAUCUACUUGCACUUUGACGUGCUUUCGAACUGCUAGGUUGGCAGGAGCAGGGACCGAGCAACGGGAGCUCACCCCAUUGUGGGGAUUCGAACCACUGACCUCCUGAUCAGCAAGUCCUAGGCUCUGUGGUUUAACCCACAGCGCCACCCGUGUCCCUGUUGCAUUGAUAGUUGAGGAAUAUUUUCUCAAUAUCCACAUUCAGUGGCUUGCUGCUUACUAACUUACUUAAGAACCUUUCGCUGACUGUGUGUGUAAUUUGUAUGUCUAGUAGGACACUAAUGAGCACAUGUCCCAAAAUCUUCACAGAAACCAGCUAGUGAGGGAGCCUGCUCCACAAACUGGAGAGAACCCUGGCUGAGGAAGCAUCAAAGCGAGUUAGGCAAACGUGUGAAUUCAGCAGCAAGGCAAGAAGGCCAGUGCACCCCACUCUGCCCAAAAAAUUAUCAUGAGAUAAGCUUAUUUUCUUUAAAAUUAUCCUAAAAUCAUAUAUUCACUACUAUCUGUUAAACCUUAUCAGAUAAGGCUCAUCCUGAAAUCCCAAAAACAUUUUACAAGGAAUCUUUCAGAUACACUUAGGUAUUUCUGCUUAGAUCUGUGCUAUCUAGUUGAUGGGAAAGCCAGAUUUUCUCCAGCAACUGCAGGGGCAUAGUCACAAACUUUGGUGGCAAAUGCUUUCCUGUACUCUGCAAGGUUGGUGGUGCUGAGUCACUCCACCCCACUUGCUUCUAACCAUAAGUCAAAAUCCCCUUUUCUUGUUGUUAUCACAAUUACUCAAAGAUAAAACAAAUCCCACUUGGAAUGGUCCUUGAAAUAAUGUGUGUCUUACCAGUUUUACAGCAAAGGAAGGAUCUCUGUGCACCAGUUCUCACUGGGACCCAGGUGUUCAGUCCUAUACUGUAUUGCCUCCAUGCAGCUGAGCUCAAGAUUGGGCUUUUAUUAAAGUUUUGGGGGGUGAGAAGUUAAACAAGAAGUGCAUAAUGUCAGCCUUCACCCUUAACUGUAACAAGCUGGACUUGAGGUGGAAAUAGAAAUAGAGGGCUUGGAGAGGAAGCCCGGGGCUAUUUGUAGCCUUCAAACUCUUCAAAAGCUGUUCCAUAAGCAAAGUAAGCUAUCUGAACUCUUGAUCACAUUAGCAAUGCAAUGGUCCAUUCCACAGAGCUCAUGAGUAAUAAAAACUUGGUAAUAAAAAUUACAUGAGUUCAGUAAUAAUAAGCUCUAUGGUGGGGAAAGAUAAUGAAAUUGUAUAGUCCAGGUUGUUAAGCCCUGCAAGUUGUUCUUGUUAUGCAGCAGGAGCUACCGUACUCUCAAAACUUUUGCAGAUUUGUAUGAAAACCUUUACAGUACUGAUCCAACCUAUUUACAGGACACUUGUAUUCAAGCAAGACUAAAUUGAUAUUUUGAUCAGGUAUCUUAGGACUGAAGAUAAGGUAGCAAAAAAAUAAAUAAAUGUAAACAAAGCAAAGCCCAUGGGCUAGAUAGCUUUUUUGGGGGGUGGGUUCUAUAAAGCUUUGAAAUAUUCUCUUGCUCCUAUACUAGCCUCCCUGCAUAAUACCAUCACAUGGAUGCUAGUACUGUACCACCUUGUGGAAUAUGUCAAGAGUUAUUGUCUUGAGCAAACCGGUUUGGGACCCUAAUCAGGACAGGGAAAUCUGAGAUGUCGUAUUGGCUAAUAGACUGGGUAGGCUGAAAGGUGUCAAGACAUCGGCAGAGUUUAGUCCCUCAUAGCCAAAUUGUUGACUCAGUCCAGAGGAUCCUGAAUAUUAUGCACCAUUGUAAAACUAAGCAGGAGCCAGUGGCAUUGGUCUCUCUAGAUGCAUAUAAGGCCUUCAGCCAGAUCAAAUGGCCUUCAGGUUCUAACCCAUUUGAACAUGGGCAAUAAAUUCAUGGGUGUGACCCACAGCAUUUACACAGAACCUGCAGCCAAUGGUAGAGCUUUGCUACUAUUGGGGAAUAGCAUGAAGUAUUUGGAGAUGGUUCCCCCAAAAGGCCUUAUCCGGCUCAAAAGGCAAAGCUAUGGCCCAUUGAGCAAAGAGGUGAAAAGGGAGUUGCAAGCAUAGAAUAACAAUCUCACCUGGCUGGUAUAGAAAUGGCUAUCUCCCUCAACUUCUGUACUUGUUUCAAACACUCCUUGUUCUGCUGCAGGCAGAAAUAAAUACUUGGCAGCAACUAGUAAACCAGUUUAUCAGGAGUAAUGGAAAAACCCAAGGUGAAUAAAAAUAUGCUGUACGACUGCCAACAGAUAGGGGUUUGGGAAUUCCAAGUCUGCAAGUGUAUUAUGAAGCCUACAAUUUAAUGCAACUGAUUCAAUUGGUCAAGGGCAAUUAUGAUUUCAAUUGGGUAGGCAUGGAGAGCACAAGUGUUGGACAGGGCCCUUCAAUUUCUUAAGCUGACUGCAACCAGGUUACAAAACACAAAGAACCCAUACAAUCAGACUAUCCUCUCAAUAUAACAAAGGUGGUUCAUAGUACCAGCUCCUUCUGAAUCACCUCUUACUCCCAUUUUGAAAUACCCACAUUUCGCAGACGUGUCUAAAUAUAACCAAUUUGAAGUGUGGGAGGGGAAGGGUCUGUAUAGGGUGGUGGACUUGUUCUUCAAUGGGGUGCCUCCUAUCUACAGAACAAUUGCAAGCUAGACCAAAGGGGGAGGCGGGGGGGCAACUGCCCCCCUAAAUUAAGUUAAGCAAAAAAAAAAUACUUAACUAACUGAGAUUCUCCCCACCCAACAUGAAGCCUGCCCCCCUAACAUGAAGGCUGCCCUCCCCGACAUAAAUUCUGGCUACUCCCAUGAGCUAGACUGGGAGGUGAGGCCCCGUGGCUAUAGCUAUUGCUGAUUCCAUUGUUAAGCAGAUACAAUUUUCACACACAAGAGCCUCUGAGAAUAUUAACAUUUUAUAAAUACAACGCAGGCUUGUCUCAGCACAUUGUGGGUCGACCAUAGGACUAAAAUCAGUUUAGGAGAACAAUCUAGAUAAGAUGAAUAUUUUUAUAUUGUAUUUGUUAUGGGUAUUAUUUGUAGCUGCUUUUUUAUUUUGGCAAAACAGAUAAAGAUAUAAUUACAUAAGGAAAGAGGUAAGAGACAUCUAGAACUGAUCAUAGUCAAUAAACUAGUACUCAUGAAGCUUUGAUUUUACUGCAGAGCGGCUGCAAACGCACACCUUACAUUUACAGCAGAUUUAAAGCGCAUGGCUUCACCCAAAUAAUCGUAGGAAAUGUAGUUUACCCCUCACAGAGCUACAAUUCCCAGCACCCUUACAGUCUUUGGGGAAAGCCAUGUGCUUUAUAUAUAUGGUGUAUAGAGAAUGUCCUUCUUGUGCCCUUGUUCAAAAACAGUCAUAAAGCUAAAUAUCCUGUGUGGUGAUUUUAGACUCUUCCCCCAAAAAUGCUUUCCAAUAUUUAGAUAGCAGUCCAAACUUGCUGAUGUUGAUGUGCUGGUGUGUGUGUGUGUUGGGAUUCAGGUACUCAGUCACCUCCACCAGCAGAGAGGAGAGCCACUGAUGCAAGCCCUGAGCCCUUUGCACUGCAGGUGGUAAACUAGAACUCGUGGACCUCUUGCCAGCAGUAACCAGCAGAAGGUCCCCAAACCACCUUGCCAGGCACUGGAGGCUUUGGAUCUGCUGGCUAGAAAUCCCUGCAGAUUCCCACCACCAUGGGCUAAUCCUUGGGCCCAUCAGCUGCACCAGUCUGGAGCUGUCAUAGCAGAAAAGAAGAAUGCACAGCCACUACCACUUUAUUCCCUGGUCAAUAAGAACUGACAGGGCUGUGGUUCUGGUGGUGACAGCUCUGCCCAUCAUCACCAUUCAAAUCUAUCACAUGUGGACAUGCAGAACAUUCCAUGGCCUUUGCUUUCCUGCCAGCACUUAGGAAAUCUCUCUUUACAUUUGAUCUUGUUGACAUUGGCUAUCAUGUCUGCUUUAUUUUUAGAGAAGAUUAGGAUUGGGUUUUUAUUACUUUUAAUUAUUAUUUUUGGCAUCCUAAAGUAAGUUGAACUUACUCUUAAACUUGCUAGGACUGUUCAACCUUAGUCAUACAGUUGCACUGGGCUAGUUGCUGCAUAUGGUCACUGAUUAUUUUAGCUACCUUGCUGUUUGUAUGCACAUCAUGUGUUAUCUCCUUGAAAGGUUAGCUGUUGGGUAUGAAUAUUAGCGUUCACUCAGCUAUUAAAAUGACAGCUCUGUUAAUAUUUUUAGAAAGCUUGUCUUUAUUGACAUUGCUUAAGGACAGACCUAUUACUUUGCUUACUGAGCAGUGAACAUUCAGUGCUCCUGGGAUUGCUAUAAUUAUUAUUAUCUCUAUUAUCUGCAGCUCAUUAUGGCACGAAGGCUGUGGACCUAUGCACAUUUAUUUGGAAGUGAGUGCUGUUCAUGAUACUUCUGUUAAACAAGCAUAGAGGUGAAAGUCGGAAAAUUAGAAUAUCGUGGAAAAGUUCAUUUAUUUCAGUAAUUCAACUUAAAAGGUGAAACUAAUAUAUGAGAUAGACUCAUGACAUACAAAUCGAGAUAUGUCAAGCCUUUAUUUGUUAUAAUUGUGAUGAUCAUGGCGUACAGCUGAUGAAAACCCCAGAUUAACAAUCUCAGAAAAUUAGAAUAUUAAAUGAAAUCAGCAAAACAAGGACUACAAAUACAGCAAUAUUGGACCUCUGAGAAGUAGAAGCAUGCAUAUGUACUCAGUACUUGGUUUGGGCCCUUUUGCAUCAAUUACUGCCUCAAUGCGGCGUGGCAUGGAUGCUAUCAGCCUGUGGCACUGCUGAGGUGUUAUGGAAGACCAGGAUGCUUCAAUAGUAGCCUUCAGCUCUUCUGCAUUGCUCGGUCUCAUGUCUCUCAUCUUUCUCUUAGCAAUGCGCCAUAAAUUCUCUAUGGGGUUCAGGUCAGGCAAGUUUGCUGGCCAAUCAAGCACAGUAAUCCCAUGGGCAUUGAUCCAGGUUUUGGUACUUUUGGCAGUGUGGGCAGGUGCCAAAGUCCUGCUGGAAAAUGAAGUCAGCAUCCCCAUAAAGCUUGUCUGCAGAAGGAAGCAUGAAGUAUUCCAAAAUCUCCUGGUAGAUGGCUGUGUUGACCCUGGACUUAAUGAAGCACAGUGGACCAACGCCAGCUGAUGACAUGGCUCCCCAAAUCAACACAGACUGCGGAAACUUCAAGCAUCUGGCAUUGUGUGACUCCCCAUUCUUCCUCCAGACUCUGGGUCCUUGGUUUCCAAAUGAAAUGCAAAAGCUGCUCUCAUCAGAAAAUUAUAACAAAUAAAGGCUUGACAUAUCUCGCUUUGCAUGUCAUAAGUCUAUCUCAUAUAUUAGUUUCACCGUUUAAGUUGAAUUACUGAAAUAAAUGAACUUUUCCAUGAUAUUCUAAUUUUCCGAGUGUCACCUGUAUAGGAUUGAGCUGUGUUCCAGGAAUAUGAGCAAAAUAGAUUUUUGUUGACUUAAUUACUGUAUAUACUUCUUAUGCUUUCAUUGUCCUCUCUAGCUGGUAUAAAAUUGUCACCAAACUACUGUUUAGAAUCAGAAGAUAAACACUGAAGUGAUUUUUAAAGGAAAAAUUAUAGAGGCCUUUAGGUAAAUAAGUACUCAAUUAAGUUCAAAUGAAUAUGAGCAGUUGAACCCACUAUCCUAGCCUGUUUCUUGCUGUUUUAGGUUUGGCAGCACUGUAGUAACAAAGGAGCCCUGCCAGGCAGAAAUCUACCUUCUAGGUGACUCAUAAAGUUGCAGAAAUAUCAACCUAGCUGUCUAGCUCAGUCCCCACUUACUUGCACUCUUGCCGAUACAUUUCCUGCCAAUAGCGCAAUAAACUCAUAUCACGAGUGCUUUACAUUCACUUUUUUGUUUUUUCUGAAAUCCACUAGGAGCAGAAGCUGGGGGGAAGGUUAUUUUAUAUACCAACUUAUGUUGGUUAGUCCAGAGGGAGGAGACUGCAAUGGUGAUAGCUGAUGAGACAGUGGAAUAUUGUGGUGGAGGAAGAAAUGACAAUGGGGCCCCCUCUGGCUUGAGAGAAUGACAGUGAAUAUCUCACUUGGUAUUGUGGUUGGUAGAGCACCUCCAAAGCACAGCACAGCAAAAAUGAUCACCUGCCCAUCUUCUGAAUUUGGAGCUGGGGAAGGGAAUGAGAUGUAGCCAUCCUACAUUGUGGGGUGAAAUAGACUCGGAGUCGAGAGUGGAUUUCAUGCUCUUUAUUCAGCUCAUAGUGGUGCGGAGGAAUGGAAGUUCCCCCAGAAUGUCUGCUUUAUAUACAUUAUUUACACAAUGGGCCCCACAUGAUUGUCUAAUUCCGGGAUUCUCCUGUAGGCCAAUCAGGUUGCGGAUUCACUUCCACCUGGAGCUGGAUUGGGUGGCUCCUGUGGACCAAUCAGACUGCUGCAUUCUGGAUCCUAUUAUUCUAGGACCAAUCAGACUGCUGCAUUCUGAAUCCUAUCGUUCUAGGACCAAUCAGACUGCUGCAUUCUGAAUCCUAUUGUUCUAGGACCAAUCAGACUGCUGCAUUUUGGAUCCUGUUCAACUCGGUACAUAACAUGGGGCAUCUUUGCACCCAGUUUUUCAACCUCCCUUCCUUUCCGCAGAUUUUCUCCUGUUCCUCAACCUCAUCCGGGGGUUUUCUCCAGCCAACCUCACCUUUCAGUUGAUAUAUAAAUAGAUCUAGUAGUAGUGUUCUGUGGAGGUUUUUCCUGACAUAGUGAGGGAAAAGGGAACUGUCAAAAAAGGGAACUGAAAUAAAGUGGUGUGCUUUUGCUAAUGUAAGGAGUUGGGCAAUCUCUUGUACAACUUCUCAAGUGCCUUUUGUGCAAAGACUUCCGAUAUCUUUUCUGCAACAGUUCACAGUAUAGAGCUGCCACCAGAAUUCUUUCCACUGGAGUAGGUGUUCUAUGAAUUAUAGACAGUGUUUUUCUGAAGAAAAGCAAACAAGCUGGCAUUUUUUUAUUGAAAUAAUUUUGUGAAUUUGUGCAAGCUGUUAUUCUUCUUGGAACUGUGUAUCAGGCAGUGAUCCAAACUCACACAUGUAGAUGUGUUUGGCACCAUUACGUUUAGCAAUCUGUUCACUAAUCUCUUUACAGUAUUGUGCUGUGUAUUUAAGGCUCUCUCUGGUUUCAUGUAGUCUUUCAAAUAACCAAGUUCUAAUAAGGAACAUUACAGACUGGCAAAGAAGAAGAAAAACCACACUAUUUUCUAUUGUGUGUGUCAGUUUGCGGUUUCUGUCUUCAGUUUCCUCUUAUAUGGAUGUUUUCUCCAGUAUUGAAAUUAAUGGGGCAGCCUUGUGCACAGUUAUAUGUGGGACAGAAUGUUAUACCGCUCCCCGGCAGUCUGGCAGAGUUUCCAAGUGCCCAACUUAUUUAAAGGACUAUGUUGUUGGACAUGUAACACUGUUGGUCUAAUGGAAGCAUGUGAAAUGUAACCGAUAUGCUUUUGUGCCUAAUUGAACCAUUACGUGUAGUGCUGUAUAUAAGAAAACCAUUACGAUUGUAACUAAUGCCUUAUCUUGGUGGGGAGGGGUGUUAUGUACUGAAGUUCUCACCCUGGGCCAGCAGGGGGAUACUGUAGAUAGUUCAGGUUCACAUAUGCAAAUAAGGGAUCAAAAGUGACGUUCAGUGAUUGGAUAGUUACAGAAAGUUGUUACAAUUACAUUGUUCUGGAGCUCUAUAUAAGCAGGCUGGCUGAACCCUUCAGUUCAGUUCUGUUCUGGCCUGUGAAUAAACAAGAGCUGUUUGAAGAAUCGCUGUGUCGUCUGAUAUGUUCACCCACAACUUAACACAGAAGACUUAAUAAGUGCUUCUUAAGACCAUCUUGGUGCUGCAAUCCUAAACAAUUUAUUAGGGAAGAAGCUUACUGGGCACAGUGGGACUCCUGGUUUCAACACAGGACUAAGCUGUACAGCAUUUUUUAAAAAAAUGUUAUGGACAUCGCUUUUUCAGGCCCUUUACCAAGCUACCCCAUUUUUGUCUUACUUUGGGAAAGGUCACUCCAUGGGGCAAGAACCAAGGCAGUGUGAUUCUGUAUGGUAGUCAUUGACUGAUAAGGCUUUUGAGACGACAUCUGUCACAGGAACAGGAAACUGGAGGUCUGAGAUCAUGGAAAUAGAAUUAUUUAGACUUCCAGGAUUUAUCAUUUCAAGUCACAAGAGUGAGUCCAUUUAAAUCAUGGAUAGGCAACCUAACCCCGAGGGCUGGAUCUGGCCCAAUCGCCUUCUAAAUCCGGCCCGCGGAUGGUCCAGGAAUCAGCAUGUUUUUGCAUGAGUAGAGUGUGCCCUUUUAUUUAAAAUGCAUCCCUGGGUUAUUUGUGGGGCAUAGGAAUUCAUUCAUUAUUAUUUUUCAAAAUAUAGUCCAGCCCCCCACAAGGUCUGAGGGACAAGUGGACUGGCCCCGGCUGAAAAAGUUUGCUGACCCCUGGAUACCACAUCUGUCACAGGAACAGGAAACUGAACAUCUGAGAUCUUGGAAAUAGAUUUGUUAAACUUCCAGGAUUUAUUGUUUACAAGUGUAAAUCCAUUUAAAUCAACCGACUUUAGUAAUGAAAUCUUAGUUUCCAUGGGCCCACUAGGAAUAACACUGGGUAUUUUACCCAUUCACAAAUGCAGUAAACAAAUGUGUCGUGAAAAUUGCAUUAUUUGUAUUAUACCUUGUAGAAUAAUCUAUGUUCUCUGACUUUUUGUUAAAAUUAUACAUUUUCUCCCUAACAUAUGUAAUAUGUUUAGAAGGGUAGGAAAUUCAGUAAGUUCAGUUGAAAAUAAUGCAGUAUAGAUAAGUAAAUGCUUGGCAGGGGGUUGGACUCGAUGGCCCUUGUGGUCUCUUCCAACUCUAUGAUUCUAUGAUUCUAUGAUUCUAUGAAAUACAGUUUUGGAGGGCAAGAUGAAAGCUGAAUAUAACACAUAAUAUUAUUUGCAACAAGAAAUAUAAUGGAACAGCAAUGAAAAACUGGCAUGUGAAUAAUGAUAGAGGAAAUAAAAAUAAAUAUUUGUGAUUAGACAGUUUUCAUACACCACCUACAGUCAGGUUACAAUAGUGCAACUUGGGAAAGUGUUAAGAUUAGCACAAACAGGGAUAGCUAUUAUUUUUAUUUAUAUACAUAUAUAUGAGCAUAAGCGUUAUUUAUAAGCCUUAUUUAUAAACAAUGCUCUGAAUUAAACCUUGGAAAGAAAACACCUCAAUCCUGUUCGUAGGUUAGGUCGCUUAAAUCUCACUGACAAUGUGGAUUUGAAAAAGUCAACUUGCAGCAAUAAUGCUCAAAAGUCAGAAUGUGCCACCCACGGAUGACCAAUCAGAUUAGUAAACUACAAUGUUAAAAAACAAAGUAAAAUAAAAACAACAAUCUAAUAUUCUAACUGAAAGAUGAUUUGCGUGUUUGCCUUCAGAUUGCAGCCUAAUAAAUGUAAAACCCAACCUCUGGAACAAAUAGUCUUGUAAGUGAAUAUUAUAGUUUCUGCAGCACUCCAUGAGAAAAAGGGAGCACAACAUUGGUCUGCACCAUACAUUUAGAGCAGUGUCACACCACUUUACACAGUCCUGGUCUUCCCCCAAAGAAUUCUAGAAACCUAUAAGUGCACAAGGGCCAGUAGGUGGCACUUGACAGGGAGAUCAGAAGUGGCAAGCAGGAAAAUAAAGUUAAAUUUGUUUUACUUCUCCCAACAUGGUGUCCUGCUGUUAAUCGUACACGAUGUCAGAGGGGAGUCCACAUGUGUCCCCUGUCAGGAGCUCAUCCUACUCUCGAGUAGGACCCUGGCAGAAACACAUGCCCGACUGGCAUGUUCUCUCCCUCUUGGUCUUUCAUUUGGGAGCUUCAAAAGCUUUUUUCAGCCUGAACGUCACAGCUUCUGAUGCCAACAGACAUCAGCACACUUAGGGAUCCGCAGAGUGUUCGCAGUUUGCGUAACAGACCUCAGCAACUCAGCAUUUUGGCUAAUCUACGUUUAUUUACAUAUGAACACACACGGAGCACUGCAACAUGGCUCCCUCUCUCUUUAGCAUCAGACAGCAAAGAGAAAAAGGACAAAGGACAAUAGUCCCACUUCACGGAACACAGUAACACAAACAUCCUGUCUCUGUCACUUCCCACACUGUGGAGUCAAAACAUACACUGUCAUGUGAUAGACAACAAUCCCAUGGCUGCAAUCACGGAGCAGGAAUUCUAACAGAGGGGAGUCCACCUGUGUCCCCUACAGUGCUGUGAUGGCAUCACCAAACAGAAAGGGGGUCACAGGUUAGCACUCAAUAAAUCCUAGAAGUUCUAAAAUCUUAAAAGCAGCUCCCCCCCAUUAAGUAAAUCAAUAAAAAUACUUAACUAACUGAGGUUCUGCCCCCCCGCCCAACAUAAAGCCUUUCCCCUCCCAACAUAAAUCCUAGCUAUGCCCAUGGAUAAGGUGUUUCUUAAUUUCAGGUUCUUUAGCAUCUAAUAGAAUAGUAUGAUCAUAGAGUUGGAAGAGACCCCAUGAGUCAUCUAGGUGAGCCCCCUGCAAUGCCAAAUCUCUAAAGCAUCCAUGAUAGAUGCCCAUCCAACCAUUUGUAUCAUGUGGCCAUUAAACAAGUUCAGUCCACAUUGGAGUCUUUUUCGAUGAGCAGGUUUCCUCCCAUAUGUUUGUACUUUCUAAGUUUUUGCAUUCCUCAGGUUGUAUAAGAACUGUUUUAAAAUAAUAAAUAUUGAAUUGUUUUAUCCCUAUGUUAAGGUUGACUAAUGAAUUGUGUUGUGCAAUUUUCUGUUCUUAUAUUCUUUAAAAAACCCCUCAAAGCUACAAAAAAAAGAUAGAAAAGUUUCCUGUAGAACAGUGGUUCCCAAACCUCUUUUCCCAUGGACAACUUGAAAAUUGCUGAGGGACUUGGCAGAGAAUUUGAUUAUUUUCCUGGCCGUUGUCCUAGAUGUUGCAUGAUUUUUAAUGUAUUUUAUUAUAUCUUUCAUUUAUUAUAUGUUAUACUUGAUUCCACGUCAUUGUAAUUGUAAUACAAUAAAGUGCAAUGUAAGACACAAAAGAGGCAAUAAAAAUACAAUUAUAAAUCAACAUGUAAAUUUAAUGCAUCUUCAACCACAAAUCCGUAGAUGCCUGGGGACCACCUGAAUGAAGAUCAUGGACCACUGGUGGUCCUUGGACCACAAGUGAAAUGCUCUGCUGUAGAGUGAGGCCAAAUUUAAAUGCUCUUUAAAUGUUAUUCUGGAGAAAGUAACUUCAAAUGUCACAUUUUAAAGAGGGUUUUUGCUAUGGAAGGCACUUAUGAGAUUUAAAUUCCUUUUUAGUUCAAAUUUUAAUUCCAUGAGAGGGUCUAAUGGCUAACUAAAGUCCACUGGAGCUUACACCAGAUGAUGAGGUGGACUCUACUACCAGAGAUUUAUACCACAAUAAAUCUGUAACCGACACUGCAAGACUCUUGUGUAUGUGUUUGUGUUUGCUGUAAAAAGUAGAUUAACACAGCUACCCCUCUAGAAUAUCCUACAAAAAGAUUGCUAAAAACAGAUUAUUAUAGGCAUAAAUAUACAACUGUUUAUCUGGAGUCUUGCACUGACAAGAUAAUGAAAAAUACCAGGUGUUGUUAAGAAGGAUUAGCAUUUGCUAGAAAUGUAUAACUAUGUGUUGAAUAUUUACCUCAUUACUUUUAAAAGAACACCAGUGAAUCUUUCAUGCUUUAAAACUCUGUUUCUCCCUUGGAAAUUAUCUUUCUUCCUAGCAAUGUCUUCAGAAGAAUUAAAAUUAACCUUAGAGGUGAGAUAAUUAGCAUUUUGUUUUGAUUGAAACUGAAGUUUGUAAAAUGCUUGAAAUGGUAACAUUAGUAUAUAAUUUGUUGUUAUGUCUGAAGUGGCGAAGCCAUAAUGUAGCAAGGUAAAUUUAAGUAAAUAGAUUUAGCCUGAGUUUGUUAGAAACAAAAAAUAAAAUAAAAUGUAAUUUCAGUAAUAUUUUAAAGCAAUAUUUUAAAACAAGUAUCAAUCGAACAGUUACUAAAGAAAGUAAUAGGGACUCACUUGCCCAGCCUUCUAACCAAUACUUUGCAAUUUAAUCAGCUAAAUUAAAAAGGUCUAAAUAAAAUAUUUCUAAGGUGACAAUUUAAGGCGAAUAAAUGAUAAAACUGAUGUUUCUCAACCUAGUGAUAAAAUCACUGCUUUAAAUAUUACUGGGUGUUCUCUUUGUUUCUAUAAGUACUUUUAAAUAUAUUGCAAUUUCCCAAAGACAAAAAAAUGUAAUACAAAAUCCAUAUGCAUUCCAUGGUGUAAUUUGCAACAAAGUUGCAUGUAAGAGUAAAAAUACAGUGGUACCUUGGUUUAUUAACUCAAUCCGUUCCGCAAGUCCGUUCUUAAACCAAAGCGUUCUUAAACCAAGGCGUGCUUUCCCAUAGCAGCGGGGGACUCAAUUUACAAAUGGAACACACUCAACAGGAAGUGGAACAUGUUCUGCUUCCAAGGCAAAGUUCACAAACCAAAACACCUGCUUCCAGGUUUGCAGCGUUCUUAAUCCAAGUUGUUCAUAAACUAAGCUGUUCUUGAACCAAGGUGCCACUGUAUAUAAUUAGAACAGAUGACAUCCAAUUGUGUCACCCCUCUUGUAGAAUGGAGUUCCUCUUCUGCAAUUGGAAAUCUGCUGCAACAGGGACGAGAGGAAGGGGAAGUCCCGUCACCUUCAUUUACUUGAUAUUGGGUACCCCCCCCCAAUGUAAUCACAUUUUUUCUGUUAUUUCAGGAUGAAAAUAUGGUUUUCAUAGGCGGCUUGAAAACCCUUCUGCCACAUGCUGUCAGGAGUCUAAUUCGAACAAAUAAACUCAGCAUUAGCAAUACUUCUGGAAUGGCAGAAGGUAAAAAAAAUAUAUUCCUCAUGUUGAAUAUAAGUGGAGAUGUUAGUGAUAUUCUUUUAUGAUAGGCAUUAACUAAUCUGUUUUUCAGCUGAGGGUCACAUUCAUCCUUGCUCACUGCUCAUAAAACGAUCAAGUUGAUGACUGAGGAAGGACCGAUUUGUACCCCUCUGGGGGCAGGGGGGAGUUUGCUUGAGGGGCUGGACCAGGGCCCUAACAUGGGGAUUAGCCAUCCCGUUUUAGGAGGAAAUCAACAGGUAUUUUAAAAAUGGUUUAUAAUGAAGAUGUUUUUAGCUCCCAACAUAACUCGGAUUAAAACCCUUCCACAACAAUUUGGGUCACUCAGUUUUAUCACAAGAACAUUGCUUUUUGUUCUCUCUUAGAUCAAAUUAUUUCUUUAUAAUAAUAUUUUAGAAUUAGGAAUAUUUCUUUUAUAUAUCUAAAGCAUCAUAAGUAUUUCUGAUAAAUGGGUAUGCACAGUUCUUACAUACAAUGUAAAGUCGUUUCAUAAAUAUGAAUAUCAACUUAGCACAAUAUUGUGAAGUUACAUCUCAGGUAAGUUUCACUGUAAUCAACAAUAACGUAUUGGAAUAUACAUUUGAUUUAUAAUACUAAUAAAAAAGAGUAUACAUUUAAUAUCCCUGUUUUUUAUUUUCAUUUCAUUUUUAUUAAGUGAAUCAUGACAAGUAUAACGUUCAGUCAAAAGAUGGUUUAUAUACACUGCAUAAUACUUAAAACCAGUUUGCUAAGGGUACAGUUUUAGAAUUUAGAGUGCUACCUAACCACAAUUACUUCUCAGCGUAGCCUUAUUCUUUUUAUUAUUUAUGCCACAAAUACUAACGUUUCACUUGCAAGCUUCACUGUUUGUGGCCUGAGGGUGUUUACAAAGUGCAUAAAAUAAAACUUGACUCAUUGUCUUAAUAUAGCAAACCUACUAGUUGCUGCUAUUUAAAGUUGUUUGCCUUUUCAGGUUGUUUUGCCUUUUUGUCCUCAGUUUGAAAAUUCAUGAAUAGGCUGGAGAUCUUGUUGCAAGCCAAAAACAUAGAACAACAUAUAGAAAAAGAACGUAACAAAAUGUUGUGUAUUAAAACUGUUCAACAGUGGAAUUUGCUGCCAAGGAGUGUGGUGGAGUCUCCUUCUUUGGAGGUCUUUAAGCAGAGGCUUGACAACCAUAUGUCAGGAGUGCUCUGAUGGUGUUUCCUGCUUGGCAGGGGGUUGGACUCGAUGGCCCUUGUGGUCUCUUCCAACUCUAUGAUUCUAUGAUUCUAUGAAAACCAGUGAAGAAACUACAUCUGAAUCAAAGGCACAUCCAUUUAUUUCCCUGCCAUAAAAUAGCAGAAUACUGGUAUUACAGCACAAAUGUCAGUCCCUAGCCUCAAGUCUGGAUUCUUGAUUCAGCUUAGCAUAUGUUUCCAAUAUACUAUUCACGAGUUAAACAUGGGUAAUGUUGAAAACAUCAAUUGAAAAUGGAAUGCCUGAGAAAUACUUUCAGAACACAUACUGUUUGCAUAUGUAUAAGUUUAAAUGUGAGCUUUGUAAUGUUCGCAGGAUUUAAACAGGCAAACGUUGUGAUUCUUCACAAAUCUCUUGCGGAUGACUUUGAAAAAUUUUGCCAAGCCAAUGAUGGGCCACUUCCACUGCUGUAUAGAAGUAAACCAGGGGAAUGGAAAUGCCCGUCUCUGAGCAGUGAUGCUGAUAUUAGGUAUGCAUAGAUCAAAGUUCUGCCAGGUGGCAUAAGAUGAUUGUGGUUUUUCUUUUCCUUGCAUAAUUGGGAUUUUAGUGCUGUCUCUUAAUUUUUUCCUGCUGUUUCUAAUGUCCAAAUCAUUCUGUACCAUGCUGGUAAAUUUAGGUUAUCCACUGGCUUAUCGUAAUUAGCAAAUGCAAAAUUAAGUCCCAUAAACACGGAAAGCAAAGAUAAUUCUCGAAUAAAUUCAGUAUUGUCAUUUGUAAUAUUCCUUAUGUGCAGCUGACCAAAGCCUUUAUAUCAGAGUGCAUUCCCUCCAAAGUUUGAAAUAUGUGCCUUGCAUCCCGUAUCCCCACCAGCACACAAACCUGAGCAUGGAGGACAUGCAAGCCAGUUGCCGUGGCAUCCUAUAGCUCCAAUGUACUUAUUACCGCAGCCUCUUUAAUAUUAUCAGAAACUGUUUCCACAGGGUUGCUAAGGCCACAAUUUGUCCUCAUAUUUGUUUUCAAUUACAUAUGCCAGAUCUUUUUUUCCAAUUUACAUAUGCCGGAACUUUAUUACAUUUGCAUCUAGGAAAGACUCACAAAAACACCCACACACAAAACCAGUCUUAUAAUUAUUCCAGAAAGACUUCUCUGGGGUGUGUUUGUGUGUGUGUGUGUGUGUGUGUGUGUGUGUGUGUGCAUGAGAUAUAGAAGGCUAUUACACUAUAAUGCUAUGGUUAAAACCUCAUAAAAUAUGAAUGUCAUGGUGUUACAGUGCUACGGCUCUAUUUCAUUUUUUAAAAAAAACCAAGAAAAGUGGUUUAGUGAUAAUUGAGACGUUUAUUUUUUAAAAAUAAAUAGGAGUAAUGAAAUGGUAUCCACCACAAGCGUUAUAAGUGAACAUGUGCCUCCACCCACAGCAGUUGUCUAAUGCCCAUUGGUGUGGACAAAACAUAGUGGAAUGUACACACAGAAAUAGGGCACUAUCCUGAGUUCAGUGGGCCAUGCUCCCACUGUAAAAGAGUGCAGCCUGAAUCCAGUUACCCAGUUCAAAUAAUCAUUUUCAGAAGACUCUUGGGGAUAAUAUUUGUUUAUUUUUGCAGAACUGACUGUCUGCAGUACAAGAAAUAUGAGAAUGGAGCAUGUACAGGCACUCUGACAAGUCUGAAGGAAUUUUCUGAGCAGCUUAAAGACAUGGUGACCUUCUACUUGGGCUGUAGCUUCACAUUUGAAAAGACGCUCCAGGAAGUUGGCAUUCCUGUAAGAAAUGUCGAACAGAAAUGUAAUGUUAGCAUGUACAAGGUAAGCAGAGAUUAUUUGGUGGCUUCUUAUUUAGUGGUUUACAUCAGCAAAACAAAACCUGUUGCAACAGCAUCCCUUCCCCCACCCCCCAAAAAAAUGAACCCAGUUUUCUAUCCAGACAAAGAAGUGAGUCAUUUCAGUAUUUCUUUUUUAUCUUUAUGUUCUCAGCAUUAUGUCAUCCUACAAAUUCUGCAAGCUCAUACGGACAUAUUGGGAUGUGAGGGAGGCUGGUUAAAAAGAUUUUGCAAACGUAUAGACAUGCAUAUCCAGGGAAUCCCCCAUAUUUGGGGGGGGGGGACAUUAAGAAGCUCAUUUUUGGGUCUUGUUUUGCUUCCAACAUAGCCUUUAUUGGAAAUAUCCUCAAAUAGUUCUUGAAAUGUAUAUUUUUAAAACUUUACCAGACUGCUGUGCCUUGCUGGGAUACAGAACAUUUUCACUGUGACCUAGUAGCAACCAUGAGACCUAUUCCUAAAGACAAAUUGGAAGCAGUUGUGCGAACUACCUAUUUGAUGAAAAAGGCGCAUGGAGCACCAAUUCACAUUGGUAACCCUGGUCAGUGCAUUAAGAAAAAAAAAUGUAAUUAAAAUAUCUGUAUUUGUGUGUGAAAGAGAGACAGAGACAUAUCAUAGGCUGCAAAUUUGUUUCUCUAGGGAAACAUACUUCCCCUCCAGGCUUAGUUUUGGGACGACUUUAUACACAAAUACAGGAAUAGCCUAAGUGAACUUCACAUUGACACCUUAUGCAAGACUUGGGCCCAAUUUACACAAUAUAUUUAAAGCUGUAUAAUCUACUUUAAACAGUCAAGGCUCCCCCCCAAAGAAUCACGGGAAGUGUGAUUUGUUAAGUGUUCUGAGAGUUGUUGGGAGACCCCAUUUUCCUCUCAGAGCUACAGUUUCCAGAGUUGUUUAACAGAAUUCCCUGGGAAUUCUGGGAAUUGUAGCUCUGUAAGGGGAAUGGGAUCUUCCAGCAACAUUCAGCCAACCACACCCUUAAGAAAGUAUGUCCAUGAACAGGACAUAAGGCUGCCAUACUGUAAUUCAGUGGGACUUACUUCUGAGUAGACAUGUAUAGGAUCGCCUUGUUAAUUGCUGUUUUAUAAUAGCAGUCCGAUGUCUUUGGGUUUUCCUUUAGCUUAAACCAUUCCUCCUGCUGCAGAAUUCAUAUGAUUUUAUUGUGUUUGGGAUUAUAGGUUUCUUAGGAAUCCAAGACCUUUCCAAUCCCGACUAUGGCGAUGCAGUACAGGCUCAACCUGGGGAUGUUCCAGUCUUUUGGGCCUGUGGGGUUACAGGUGCAGAAGCUGUCAGCAAUUGCAGUAUGUAUAAAUAAUGAAGAUUUUUUAGAAUUUCUCCUAUAGUAUAGAAAAUUGCUACCUUUUCUACCAAAUUUAGAUAAAAACUCAGUCAGAAAAACCUGACAGAUUUGUUUCCAGUGUGGGUCCAUAUACUGUUCUACCAAGUCUGACCUAAACUUGGAAACUGCCUUUCAAAAAAAGAAAAGCUAUCACCCUCUACCACAACUCCAACCUUGUCAGAACGCUGCCACAGACAUAAAAAGAAAAGGCUAUUGGCUACUGUCAAAUUUUCUGCCAAAUGCUACGUCAUUCAUCUCACUGCCUUCUAUUUAACAUAAGUUGCAUAACUUAUGAAACUUCGAUUCAUUUCAUUGUAAACAUCAAAACAAUGCUUAAAAAGUCAUUUAUUAAGUAAUGUAUUUUUUUCAUAAAUAUUCAUUUAUAAUAUUCGCUUGAAUUUUUUCCUUUCCUGACUGCAGACAAACAAGCAAAGUGCUGCAAAUUCCCCUUCAAUUUCAAUUUCCAAUGAACAUCCGUACUUUCCAAAGACUUCCAAAAUUGUUUCUCAGCUCCUGUACAGGGACCAUACUUAAAUGUGGGGUCUGUCUCCAGACUGGAGGUACAGCCAGACAACUCUGCCUUUCAGGUUAAAAUAGGGUACCCCCCAGAGGUGAGCAGUUCAAGCCUCUGCUUGCAAUGCGACUGCCGCUCUUGUUUAUUUUUAUAGGGUUGCCAUGUUCCGAAGGGCACGAACCCAGACACCCCUCCCAUCAGGACACCCACCACCACCCCUCAUCUCUGUCAUUUGCCCCCACCUGCCGCUAACCCCUUCCUCCCCCACCUGCUCUCCCCCUCCUUUCCUCCCCUCUCUUAGGGUUGCUUCACACGGAGGCUCCCACUUGCUGGUGCCGGGGGUGACUCUGGGCCGCUGAGCGGACUCUGCUAUGGGCUCCGCCUCUCCCUUUCAGGCCUUUGGCCUCCAAGUGGCCACCGGCAAGGUCUUAUCCAUGAUCAGGCCUGGGCAGGGAGGCUUGUCGCUCUGGGCCUCUCUGGUCCUGCCUGGGCCUUCCCCUUUGACAUGGUUAAACAGUGGUACCCAACAUAUUUUUAUUGCUGCAUGGGUGAGUACAAAGAAGAGAGUUUUAGUGCUUAAAAGAGAUCUGUCCUCCCACAAGAUUGCCUGUUUGUCUUUUUCAGAGUCUCCGCUUGCUUUUACCCAUGCUCCUGGUUGCAUGUUUAUUACUGACCUGAAACUUGAGGAUGCCGCAGCGGGUGAUGGUAAAGAUGUCCCCGAAGUCUAUCGUAUUUGUCAGAAUCCUUUGCAUUACAGCACCACGUCAGCAGCAGCUGUGCGAAAAAUCAGGUGUCUGGAAGACAUGGUAGGAGUAGACCCAGGUAGACGCAUUCUUAUUGAAAAACUUUAUUGUAAAGAUUUGUCUGCAGCACAUUUGCCUGCAUCAACUCUUGUCAAAGGGAAGAUCGAGAUUGAGACACUAAAGGGGCGCUCUGUUCCUGAUAAUAUGCAUAUGCCCAUUUCUGUGUCAUGAGCCCCAUAGAAAUAUCAUGGAGGGUAAUGGAAGGGUUGUGAGGAGGAAGCAGGGCUGGGAAAGGACAGGGAGUUGGAACCAGAGGACCCAAGAGAGGGCUUGAUUGAGAUGAGAGAGAGGAAAUCAAUAAACGUCUAAGCUGGAAGAGGGGGCCAGUGAUCAAGAGAGUCAGGAGCUGGAUCCUGGGGAAGGUUCAAGCGGGUUCCACUCCAUGCCUCAUAAAGGGCCACCUCCACUGCCAACCCCUAUUGCCACUCCUGUCAGUAAGGAGUCUCCUCCAGGAAAGCUACUGGAGAGUAAGUUGGAGCCAGCACCUCCAGCAUCAAGGAUACAGAGACACCAGGCCCCACCCACUUGCAAAAGUGCCUGUUAGGUUGCCCAGAGCAAAGACGCCUGUCAUUUCCCAUGCUAAAGCUUGUGCUUGCCCCUCUCUUCAAAAGGAAGAGAAAUGGGGCUGGAUUGUUGGUUGGGUCAUGAACACUUAGCCAUGCAAUUCACCUGCUGCCUCUUUAACCCUUGCAUUGCCUAUGUGUCACUCAUUUUCCAUGCGUUGAAAAAUUUAACAGAAGCAGAAGGAAGCCAAUGCUAAUAACUCCUGCAAAAACUGAAGCAUUCAAUAUAUUGUUGUUGUUUAGUCGUUUAGUCGUGUCCGACUCUUCAUGACCCCAUGGACCAGAGCACGCUAGGCACUCCUGUCCUCCACUGCCUCCCGCAGUUUGAUCAAACUCAUGCUGGUAGCUUCAACACCAUCCAACCAUCUCAUCCUCUGUCGUCCCCUUCUCCUUGUGCCCUCCAGCUUUCCCAACAUCAGGGUCUUUUCCAGGGAGUCUUCUCUUCUCAUGAGGUGGCCAAAGUAUUGGAGCCUCAGCUUCACGAUCUGUCCUUCCAGUGAGCACUCAGGGCUGAUUUCCUUAAGAAUGGAUACGUUUGAUCUUCUUGCAGUCCAUGGGACUCCCAAGAGUCUCCUCCAGCACCAUAAUUCAAAAGCAUCAAUUCUUCGGCGAUCAGCCGCCUUUAUGGUCCAGCUCUCACUUCCAUACAUUGCUACUGGGAAAACCAUAGAUUUAACUGUACGGACCUUUGUUGGCAAGGUGAUGUCUCUACUUUUUAAGAUGCUGUCUAGGUUUGUCAUUGCUUUUCUCCCAAGAAGCAGGCGUCUUUUAAUUUCGUGACUGCUGUCACCAUCUGCAGUGAUCAUGGUGCCCAAGAAAGUAAAAUCUCUCACUGCCUCCAUUUCUUCCCCUUCUAUUUGCCAGGAGGUGAUGGGACCAGUGGCCAUGAUCUUCGUUUUUUUUGAUGUUGAGCUUCAGACCAUAUUUUGCGCUCUCCUCUUUCGCCCUCAAUAAAAGGUUCUUUAAUUCCUCCUCACUUUCUGCCAUCAAGGUUGUGUCAUCUGCAUAUCUGAGGUUGUUGAUAUUUCUUCCAGCGAUCUUAAUUCCGGCUAGGGAUUCAUCCAGCCCAGCCUUUCGCAUGAUGAAUUCUGCAUAUAAGUUAAAUAAGCAGGGAGACAAUAUACAGCCUUGUCGUACUCCUUUCCCAAUUUUGAACCAAUCAGUUGUUCCAUAUCCAGUUCUAACUGUAGCUUCUUGUCCCACAUAGAGAUUUCUCAGGAGACAGAUGAGGUGAUCAGGCACUCCCAUUUCUUUAAGAACUUGCCAUAGUUUGCUGUGGUCGACACAGUCAAAGGCUUUUGCAUAGUCAAUGAAGCAGAAGUAGAUGUCUUUCUGGAACUCUCUAGCUUUCUCCAUAAUCCAGCGCAUGUUUGCAAUUUGGUCUCUGGUUCCUCUGCCUCUUCUAAAUCCAGCUUGCACUUCUGGGAGUUCUCGGUCCACAUACAGCUUGAGCCUUCCUUGUAGAAUUUUAAGCAUAACCUUGCUAGCAUGUGAAAUGAGUGCAAUUGUGCGGUAGUUGGAGCAUUCUUUGGCACUGCCCUUCUUUGGGAUUGGGAUGUAGACUGAUCUUCUCCAAUCCUCUGGCCACUGCUGAGUUUUCCAAACUUGCUGGCAUAUGGAGUGUAGCACCUUAACAGCAUCGUCUUUUAAAAUUUUAAAUAAUUCAGCUGGAAUACCAUCACUUCCACUGGCCUUGUUAUUUGCAGUGCUUUCUAAGGCCCAUUUGACUUCACUCUCCAGGAUGUCUGGCUCAAGGUCAGCAACCACACUACAUGGGGUGUCCAUAUCUUUCUGGUAUAAUUCCUCUGUGUAUUCUUGCCACCUCUUCUUGAUGUCUUCUGCUUCUGUUAGGUCCUUACCACUUUUGUCCUUUAUUAUGGUAAUCUUUGUACUAAAUGUUCCUUUCAUAUUUCCGAUUUUCUUGAACAGAUCUCUAGUUCUUCCCAUUCUGUUGUUUUCCUCUAUUUCUUUGCAUUGCUCGUUUAAGAAGGCCUUCUUGUCUCUCCUUGCUAUUCUUUGGAAAUCUGCAUUCAAUUUCCUGUAUCUUGCACGAUCUCCCUCGCAUUUUGCUUGCCUUCUCUCCCCCACUAUUUGUAAGGCCUCGUUGGACAGCCACUUUGCUUUCUUGCAUUUCUUUUUCAUUGGGAUGGUUUUAGUUGCUGCCUCCUGUAUAAUGUUGCGAGCCUCCACCCAUAGUUCUUCAGGCAUUCUGUCCAGCAAAUCUAAAUCCUUAAACCUGUUCCUCACUUCCACUGUGUAUUCAUAAGGGAUUUGGUUUAGAUUGUAUCUUACCAGCCCAGUGGUUUUUCCUACUUUCUUCAGUUUAAGCUUGAAUUUUGCUAUAAGAAGCUGAUGAUCUGAGCCACAGUCAGCUCCAGGUCUUGUUUUUGCUGACUGUAUAGAGCUUCUCCAUCUUUGGCUGCAGAGAAUAUAAUCAAUCUGAUUUUGAUGCUGCCCAUCUGGUGAUGUCCAUGUGUAGAGUCGUCUCUUGUGUUGUUGGAAAAGAGUGUUUGUGAUGACCAGCUUGUUCUCUUGACAGAACUCUAUUAGCCUUUGCCCUGCUUCGUUUUGAUCUCCAAGGCCAAACUUGCCAGUUGUUCCUUUUAUCUCUUGAUUCCCUACUUUAGCAUUCCAAUCCCCUAUAAUGAGAAGAACAUCCUUCUUUGGUGUCACUUCUAUAAGGUCUUGUAAGUCUUCAUAGAAUUGGUCAAUUUCAGUUUCUUCAGCACCAGUAGUUGGUGCAUAAACUUGGAUUACUGUGAUGUUAAAAGGUCUGCCUUGGAUUCGUAUCGAGAUCAUUCUAUCAUUUUUGAGAUUGCAUCCCAGUACAGCUUUCGCCACUCUUUUGUUGACUAUGAGGGCCACUCCAUUUCUUUUACGGGUUUCUUGCCCACAGUAGUAGAUAUGAUAGUCAUCCGAACUGAAUUCGCCCAUUCCCGUCCAUUUUAGUUCACUGAUGCCCAGGAUGUCAAUAUUUAUUCUUGCCAUCUCAUUUUUGACCACAUCCAACUUACCCAGGUUCAUGGUUCUUACAUUCCAGGUUCCUAUGCAAUAUUUUCUUUACAGCAUUGGACUUUCCUUUCGCUUCCAUGCAUAUCCGCAACUGAGCGUCCUUUCGGCUUUGGCCCAGCUGCUUCAUCAGCUCUGGAUCUACUUGUACUUGUCCUCCGCUCUUCCCCAGUAGCAUGUUGGACACCUUCCGACCUGAGGGGCUCAUCUUCCAGCGUCAUAACUUUUAUAUGCCUGUUGUCUUUGUCCAUGGAGUUUUCUUGGCAGGGAUACUGGAGUGGCUUGCCGGUUCCUCCUCCAGGUGGAUCACGUUUGGUCAAAACUCUCCACUAUGACCUGUUCAUCUUGGGUGCCCUGCUUGGCAUAGUUCAUAGCUUCUCUGAGUUAUUCAAGCCCCUUCGCCAUGGCAAGGCAGUGAUCCAUGAAGGGGAUUCAAUAUAUACCUAUUCUUAUUCUUGUUCUUAUCAGUAAUUCAUAUGCUGCCCAUCAGACUGGGUUGCCCCAGCCACUUUGGGCAGCUUCCAGCAAAUUAAACACAUUAAGCACAGGGAAACAUCAAACAUUGAAAACUUCCUUAUACAAAGACACAAGAUUUACCCACACUGGAGGAAUGGCAGAUAAAAAUGAUGGACUACAUGGAAUUGGCGGAAAUGACUGGCAGAAUCCGUGACCAGGGAGAAGAGUUGGUGGAAGAAGAUUGGAAGAAAUUUAAAGACUAUUUACAGAAAUAUUGCAAAAUUAAUGAAUGUUAGAAUGAUGUUGGAUUGAAGUUAAGUGGUUUCUAGCUGUACAGGUACAAAAGAAUAUGGAAAAAUUGGUUUUUAAUAUGUAAAAAUUGAAAGUUAUAAUAUAUCAAGAUUAAAGAUUAGGAUUAAAAAGGAGGAAAAGGAAUUGUUGGAUUAAUAAAUUUAAUUGGAAUACAAAAGAGGGAGGUAUGAGGAGGUCCGGGAAACAAGUAAACAUAAAAGAAGUGAGGAAAAGAUGGAAUUGUUUUUAACUGGUUUUUCUUUUUUUCUACUUUGUAUUUUUCCUUUUCAUUGUUAAUUUUUUUACUAAUGUGAUUUUUUUUCCUUUUGAAACUUUAAUAAAUAUUUUUUUUUUUUUAAAAAAAGAAAACUUCCUUAUACAGAGCUGCCUUCAAACGUCUUCUAAAAGUCAGAUAGUUGUUUAUUUCCUUCUGACAUCUGAUGGGAAGGCAUUCCACAGGGUACGGUUAACCUCUGUAUUACAUCAUGGGCAAGGAUAAAGAGCUGCAAAGCAGCACUGGGUUUCUAAUUCUGGUGCCUUGGUUCUGUGAGAUUGUUGUUGUUUAGUCAUUUAGUUGUGUCCGACUCUUCGUGACACCAUGGACUAGAGCACGCCAGGCACUCCUGUCUUCCACUGCCUCCCGCAGUUUGGUCAAACUCAUGUUCGUAGCUUCAAGAACACUGUCCAGCCAUCUCGUCCUCUGUCGUUCCCUUCUCCUUGUGCCCUCCAUCUUUCCCAACAUCAGGGUCUUUUCCAGGGAGUCUUCUCUUCUCGUGAGGUGGCCAAAGUAUUGGAGCCUCAGCUUCACAAUCUGUCCUUCCAGUGAGCACUCAGGGCUGAUUUCCUUAGGAAUGGAUACGUUUGAUCUUCUUGCAGUCCACGGGACUCUCAAGAGUCUCCUCCAGCACCAUAAUUCAAAAGCAUCGAUUCUUCAGCGAUCAGCUUUCUUUAUGGUCCAGCUCUCACCUCCAUACAUCACUAUUGGGAAAACCAUGGCUUUAACUGUACGGACCUUUGUUGGCAAGGUGAUUCACGUCUCUGCUUUUUAAGAUGCUGUCUAGGUUUGUCAUUGCUUUUCUCCCAAGAAGCAGGCGUCUUUUAAUUUUGUGACUGCUGUCACCAUCUGCAGUGAUCAUGGAGCCCAAGAAAGUAAAAUCUCUCACUGCCUCCAUUUCUUCCCCUUCUAUUCUGUGAGAUAUUGCAGUGGAUAUUGUGAAAACCUGUUGUGGAUCAGCAUUCCGCUCAGAUUAGUCCUGCUUGAAAUGUGUGGAUGAAGUCUCCGAUAGUUAUCUAAAUGUUAAUAUGUUACUAGCAAGGCUCAGGGAUGAUUUCACUCGAAAAGUUGUUUCAUCUGCCUUUAGGGGACAGAGGUGUGACUCAUCUGCUUACUCAAGAUGAACUCCUGAAGGCAUGUCUGUCCAUUUCCCAUGCCCAGUCUGUGCUGAUUACUACUGGAUUCCCUACCCACUUCAAGUAUGAGCCGCCUGAAGAGAACGAUGGGCCUCCAGGGGCUAUUGCAAUGGCAGCUAUGUUGAACGCCUUGGGGAAGAACGUAGCUAUCGUAACUGAUCAAAGAGCUCUGAAUCUGAAUGAAAAGAUCAUCAAGGAAGCCGUUGAACAAGGUACGGCAUGGCCAUUGUAAACAUAACUUGAUCAUGUGUUGCUUGCUUUAAAAACAAGAGUUUUCAGUGGAGCUAAGAGGAAGAUAUCUUGAAAUUUUUUAAAAAUGACCACAUUCUCAACUUCCAGAAAGAUAUAGGGAAGACCCAGCCUGGACCCAGGUCAUAUACAGUCAUGGGGAAAAGAAAGUGCACCAUGUAUCGCCAUGGCCAGAUCAGACAUAAGUAUUAUGUUUAUCGUGGGGGUGCUACCAAAACUGGCAUCCCCAUGAUUAUCUCUCCUCUGAAAAGUCAGGACAGCCCUUGGUCCAUGUCUUCAUAGCACAUUCCCCACAUGUGGAUAAGACGGUGUAUAUAAUGUUAAUUAAAUCCCUGACCAUUGGCCUAGUUGACUGGAUCUGGUGGGAAGUGGACAUCAGAAGUGCCUGGAUUCUUCAACCCUGAAUUGAAUGGUUUUUUGCAAUACCAAAGUAAAUCUAUGGCUGGGUCUACAUUCUGUGUCUCUGGUUUUGCCUUCUUGCAGUAACACUCCACCUCCUCUUCCCAAGACCAUUUAUUUUUGUAAAAGUGAUGGAAAGCCAUUUGAGUAAGGCAUGAAUGAGCUAGGUCCAUGCUUCCCAAACCACUGAGCAGCUGAUAAAAUGUUAUAAUUGCAAGGAAAUAAUGCAAUUAUUUUGGGACGCGGGUGGCACUGUGUGUUAAACCACAGAGCCUAGGACUUGCCAAUCAAAAGGUCGGCGGUUCGAAUCCCCGCGACGGGGCGAGCUCCCGUUGCUCAGUCCCAGCUCCUGCCAACCUAGCAGUUCGAAAGCACGUCAAAGUGCAAGUAGAUAAAUAGGUACCGCUCUGGCGGGAAGGUAAAUGGCGUUUCUGUGCGCUGCUCUGGUUUGCCAGAAGCGGCUUAGUCAUGCUGGCCACAUGACCCGGAAGCUGUACGCUGGCUCCCUCGGCCAAUAAAGCGAGAUGAGCGCCGCAACCCCAGAGUCGGUCAUGACUGGACAGGGGUCCCUUUACCUUUACUCUAAUUCAAUUAUUGCAUGAGCCUUACUGUCUUUUUAUCCUCCACUGAAUAUAUUAUGUUUCUGUUAUAUUCUAGGGAUACUGGAGACACCGGUCCCUAUAAUUAGCUAUCACAGUGAUUCUGUAGAUUCAGCUUUGCUGUUUUUGUGCGAAGAUGGAAAUCCAGAAAAGCCUAGGUAUGUUCCUUAAAAAAGCAAAGGAGUAAGCAAACUGAGGAAGACACAACUGUUUAUCUCAUGGCAGUCUUUAAGCCCUUACUAGUAAAGAGUGAAGGGUGAGAAUAAAGACCUGAUGGGGGAAAGUGGAAGAAGCAGGUUGCCAGUGGAAUUAUAACAGGCAGUUUCCUGAGGAAUAAUCCAGAAUAGUACAGAGAGAUAUAUGUGAAUGGAGGGAUUGCAGGAGGGUAGGGGCAAGAGAUAGUGGCAUUCGCCUGACAUGGGGGCUGUACAAGAACAAAGAAAAAGAGCAGAAGUAAAUCUAUUAGAUCUGAAUCGUAGAACUGCUCCUCAUAAUAUAAUUUCUCCCCCGUUAACUAGAUUUAAUCACCUGAUAGCAAUUGAACGUACUGGGAUGGCUGCUGAUGGCAAUUAUUAUAAUGCAAGAAAAAUUAAUAUUAAGCAUUUAGUGGAUCCCAUUGAUGAACUCUUUCUAGCUGCACAAAAUAUCCCAGGAAUUACUUCAACAGGUAAGUGUGGUGCCAUUUUUGUUCAAUAACCUAAAGGAUGUACUAUUAUUAUUACAUGCUAGUGAAAACCAUAAUGGUUGAUGUCUGUUAUUCCAGUGUGUUUGCUGUGUGAAACUUUGCAGAAGUAGAAUGACCGAUGACGGUUCAAGACUGAAUUUCAAGAUGGAUAAAGAGUUGGUCAGGAAAUAGCUACUUUGGUCAGGAAAUAGCUACUUUGAAUUCAAGACCCAAUGAGCUUCCUGUUGGACUUUACAGACCUCUGUCUAUGAUCACUGGGAAAUCCUGGGGGAGGGGUGAAGUGAUACAAGGCUGGAGAUGGGCAAAUAUCCCAAUCUUCAGAAGGAGUGAAAAUGAUGAUCUGGGAGGUUGCAGAUCUCUAGCACAGGUUAGAAAGGCAGUAAUGUUGUUCUGUAAGAUGAAAAGUCCUUUGAUUAUAUUGAAUGGUCAUUUUAUAUCAAAAGCUUUUAAUAAUGGGAUAACCUUUGGGAAAUGGGUCCAAGCUGCAUACUCAAAACGGGUUUAGUAAGCUUGCUCAAAUCCUAAAGUGAAAUAAAAUGAUUAAUGGGCUUACAUUACCUACUUUUAAUUUGACAAAGUUGCAUUGAUUUGUUUUAUACGCAAAUAUAUUGAUCUGGAUUUUUAUAUUUUCCCCAAAAUGUACCUGAUGUACUCUUGGUUGACCAUUGCAGCCCCCAAUAAAUCAUGGUCCAUGUUGGAAUCCAUGUUGAUUAAGACAGAUGUUGACUUUCACUUUGGUCAAAUGAAAUGUAGGUCUAUAUUGAUUAACUGUUGAAUCCUUAAUUGGCUAUUACUAUAUCGCCUGCUAUUGCUAGAGAAGAAACAUUACUUUAACAUGACCAUUUUAGAAAAAAAGAAGAAAUGACAUUUUAAAUACUCUGUUAACAAUUCUAAACGAAGAACUGUUCAGCAGAUGAAGUGCAUUGAGAAGCGUUGAGAUGUCCUUUAGCAGGAAAAUGAUUAGAGCUGUUAACAAGAAAAUAAUAAAUUCAAUGCCUGCAUCCCUCCUCUCUGUGUAACGAACUUGACCACAAUUCUAAACAAUUAGUUUAGCAGCGACCAUCCAGGUCAUCUUCUGAUCUUUGCCCAACAGCAAAAGGUCAAAUUUUUGCUUUUGCGGGAGGUCGGCAAGCCUCACCAGUAGGGGAUCCUCUACGUGCCUCUUUAUAAAAGGGACAUCUAAAGAACAAGUGUUCUGGGCUUCCUAUCUCUCCCAAUGGACAGGUGCAAAGUCUCUGAGCAUAUGGGACCCUUCUAAAGGCUCCAUCCAAGACCGGCGAGGGAAGAGCCGAGCUUCUGGCGAGUGUAAAGGCCCUUCGUGCAUCCCUAGAUACGAGAAAGAAGAGAUAUGCUGCCGGUGCGGCUAUAUAUCUCUCGAUUUCUCCAAUUCUAUAGUUGGGCACCUUGCACAGUCCUGCUAUCUCUCGGUGUCUAAUAUUCGUUGCCUGACCGUAGCUUUUGCCUGGUCCAAACCCAGACUUAGAAGGGCUUGAGGGGCAAAACCCAAUUUCCGGAGGGUGUUCAGGACUGCAGUCUGCCGGCCCGACUGGAAUUGGUCACAGAGGAUCAAUGGGGCUAUCCCUCGGGGGAGCAGGUUCAAUGUCAGCCAUUUGUAAAUUGAUGUUAGGCAGAUGCUAGCCUCCACUCUCAUCAUCCCCGUUUCCAAUCUAACCCAUGCGUUUGAUACACAUCUGCGGACUUGGAGGAGAGCUCUAAGAAGUCUGGAUUGAACUCUCUCAAGUGGGGAGAAAGCAGAGGAAGGCGGGCCCAAAAAGGAACCAUAGAGGAGUUGUGCCAAAGUUUUGGCCUUGUAUGAUUUUAGAGCUGGGGGGACAAAGAAGCCUCCUUGUGCUCUGAAGAAUUUAAGGAUACAAUUUGCGGUUUUUUCCGCUAAAUUCCCGAUGGAGUUUAUGUGUAGUUUGUUGGUUCCUGAGGCCUGUACCACCAUUCCUAGAUACUUGUAGUUUGUGACUUGUUCUAAUUUAUGGCCUUGGAGUUCCCAGCUUCUAAGCUUUAGUUUUUCCCCAAAAGCUAGUAUCUUGGUCUUUUGAAAGUUGAUUUUGAGUCAUUUAGAGUCGCAGUAUGCUGCGAGCUUUCUUAGUGCUCUUUUGAGUCCAAUGGGGGUUCUAGAUAGAAUUACCGCAUCAUCGGCAUAUAGCAGGACCGAAAUAUUUGCAAGCUUCGGCAGGUGGAGUUCUGAGUCACUGACUGCAGAUACUAAGUUAUUUAGAUAGAAAUUAAAUAGUAGAGGGGCCAAUAGGCACCCUUGCCUGACUCCUUUGAAGGUUUUUAUUGGGUCCGUUAGGUGUCCUAGGCGGCUGCACCUGACUCUAAGAGCCGUGUUUGCGUGCAGUGCCUGAAUUAGGAGCAGGAGUCUUCUAUCUAUAUUGGUACUCUGUAGUCUGUCCCAGAGUCUGGUUCUGGAGACUGUAUCAAAGGCUGCUUUUAGGUCAACGAAGGCAGCGUAUAGUGAGGCCUGCCCUCCUGAUUUGUAUUUGUCGAUGAGAUGUUGUAACGUUAGGCAGUGAUCUAUCGUGGACCUUCCGGGUCUGAAGCCUGCUUGUUCUAUUGCCAGGAUAUCUUCAUUCUCUAGCCACUCUGUAAACUUAUUAAGGAGGUGCUUUGAGUAGAGUUUACUAAUCACACUUAAUAAGCUAAUCGGCCUAUAAUUCGCUGGGUCCCCUUUGUUGCCCGUUUUAUAGAUUUGGACUAUUAUGGCUGUUCCCCAUUCCCUUGGGAUGCGGCCAGUGUCAUCUAUGUAAGUGAAGAGGUUGGCUAAGAAAGGUGCCCACCAAUCCGCCUGUGCUUUUAUCAUUUCUGGUGUAAUGCCGUCUGAGCCUGGGGCUUUGGCCGUUUUCAGUUGGUUUAUAUAUGAUUUCACUUCAGUUAUUGAAACUGGAGGCCAUUUAGCCAGUUGUUCUAUAUUAUAAUUCCGUAGUGGAGGUUCAGCAUCCUCAUACAAAGAUUGGAAGAAUGAGACCCAAAAGGCUAGGGGGAAUUUGUGAGGUUAAGGGGGGAAAUAGCUUUAUGGGUGGCCAGAAGCUACCAGUUUCCAAAAUAGUGUCUGAUCUUUUGCUUUUGCCGCACUAAUUAAUUCUAGCCAGCAUUUUCUGGUAUAGGCAUUCUUUUGGUGGAGUAUUAGGUCUUUAUACUCUUUUUUUAGGGCACGGACAGCAAGAUAGGCUUGGUGUCUGACAGAAUUUUCGGCUGUCAGGGCAGCUUUGUAAGCAUUUUGCAGGGCUUUCUUUGCCUCAAAGCAGGUGUAAUCAAACCAGGGUUUAUUUGAUGUUUUUGGUUUAGUUGGCCUUUUUUCUGUGGUAUUAAAAAGAUAGGGUUUCAGUUGUUGGAGCAGGCUCUCAUACUUGGAAACUGGGUCCUCAGGCCUAGGAUUAUCCCCAAAGUCAGUUAAAAUUGUACGGAGUUUUUCAGAGGUUAGAAUCUUCUUCAGUUUGGAGUCAAGUGCAGGGGUCCAUUUGACUCGGCAGCCAGGUCGCUCUAAUGUGGUGAUCUCUGCAGGGUAUACUGUUCUCAGGAAGGGUGACUCGUUUAACGGAGACACCUGGAGGUGCAAAGGGAAAUGGUCCCCCUCUAUGAAUGGGAGCACUUUUAAAUUCACUAUUUUUGUUAGCAAUUCGCUGUCCGCCAACAUAUAAUCAAUUGUGCUGGAUCUUACCCCAGACAUGAAUGUAUAUUCCCCGGGGAUGUCGCCCCUGGUGCAACCAUUUAGGAUAUGAAGACUUAGCUGCCUAGAGAAUUUGAGGAGGCAGGCUCCAGCAAAAUUUGAAUGUUGAUCCUUUGACUGCCUUGGUAGUUGUAAAACCUCCGGGCCCAAAUUGUCAGGGUACCCUAUUUUUUGCUUGUAUUUGGUUUGUAAACUGGGGUCAUCAGGACCUAACCUUGCGUUUAGGUCGCCCACCAGCAGGACCUUUGCUCCCGGAUAAUAUAUGCCAGGAUUAACAAUUUACCAAUAAUUUAAAUUUUCCUUGAUAAUUUGAUGUUAAAUUAGUUUAAGCAUUGCUGUGUUUUUAACUUUGUAUUCAUGGAUUUCAUGUAGUUGUUGUUCAAUGCUUUUAGUUUUAUAAUAAAAGUUGUAUGUUAAAUAAUAAUUGAACCACCUAGCUAUUAAAAAACAACAAUACACCCAACCCUCCACUAAAGUAACAUUGUAUGCUUCAUUAACGGUUUAUACUGUAUUUAUAAAUAAGUAUGAUAUUUCACCAUACCUUGUCAAUUUUAAUUUAGGCAUUGGGGAUGGAGGAAAUGAAUUGGGAAUGGGAAAAGUGAAAGAAGCUGUAAAGAAGUACAUUAAAAAUGGAGAUGUUAUAGCUUGUAACGUGGACGCUGAUUUUACAGUUGUUGCAGGUAAGUGAAGAACGGGCCAAAUGUAUAUAUGAAAUUGGAACACUUACAUGGAACAGAGGGCAUUAUUAAACAAAUGCAUCUGAUCUGUGCAAGUCACUUGCACAAUGUGACUUACCUGCCUCACUCAACCUGCAUGUGCCCAACAACACCCCCCACCCCACAAUUUUCUGGCUGCUUCACUACUGGCAUAUUAUUAUUAUUAUUAUUAUUAUUAUUAUUAUUAUUCCCAUUGAGAUGCCAAGAUGAAAUUUUGCAGGUAGCUUAUCAUCAUCAUCAUCAUCAUCAUCAUCACCUCUUGAUUCUUCCAUAGAAGAGAGUUAGGCACCAAGACAAUAAUAAUAAUAACAAUAAAUUUUAUUUAUACCCCGGCCUCCCCAGCCAAGACCGGGCUCAGGGUGGCUAACACCAGGUAUAAAAAUAAUUGAUUAAAAUACAACUUAAAAACAAGGUUAAAAUACAACAUUAAAAUGCAGCCUCAUUUCAGUAGAAACUCAAAUCAAAAACUUUUUUGGGGAUGAAAACGUCAAAUCUUCACCAAGGCCAACUACCCAGACUGGUCCUACAUGGGCCAGAAAAAAGCCAGGGAAGUCCCCAAAUAGGAGUUCCAUCACAGAAGGAGAAAGAAAAAAGUAACGUGGGGGAGGGGAUCAAGUUGAUUCCAAGCCAAAGGCCAGGCGGAACAACUCUUUUCUUACAGGCCCUGCGGAAAGAAAUCAGAUCCUGCAGAUCUGAUCAGGUAUCAUAAGGGGGAGUGUGAGACGUGGAGUGCUUAACAUAUGCAAGAGUGAUUUUUGCAUUUUUGUACGUUUGCUUUGCUGUUGUUGCUGUUCAGUUUUAAAUCAAUUAUUUGCAUCCUAUACAUUGUGACCAUUUGUGAUGGCUUAUAGCUUUUAGCAGUAAAGAUUCAUUCAUUCAGAUUCUUCCAUAGGCUUAGCAAACUUAGUAGACAGAGAAAUCUGCCAUCCUCUCUUCGUGUCUUUGUUCCAUCCUGUCUUCCUCAGCUCACAUGGUGUUCUGCCCCCUUCCUCCUCCCCCCCCCCCCGAUUUUCAAAGCUCUUGCAAAACACCAUAAUUUUCCUUCAGCCUGUAUCACCUACACUGAAACCCCAAACCUUUUCUUUCCCUGCCCACUAGCACACACAGGUGAAGGAGGAGCCCCUCCCUGCAUGUCUGGCAGCCUUUGCCCUCCGAUGAUUUCCUUGAUAGUCCCCUGCUAAUGGCCUAAUUUAGCGGCUAUGCCAAGUUGGCCUGUUGUUACCAUAAGCUUAGCCCAGGGGUUACAGCAUUUGUCACAGUUUUAACCAAACCUUCAUUAAUUCUAUCAUCUACUAAAUCCAGACAUUAUGGGGAUCCACACGCCCCGCCCCCCCGUACUCAUAACAAUAUGUUAGUUCCUUAUCUAACCCAACCAUGAUUCACUGGCAUGACCCAGUGGAAUCCCACCAUAGAGGAAGCCCACCAAAGGAUUGUACACUGCCGGCUGAGCCUAGACCUAACAGUGAGGGAAUGCUUCUCCCUUUUAAAUUUCCUUCUAUCAUGUAGGUGUCAAUGGCAUUAAAUUCAGCUGGACACUGAGAUCCAGCGCUGAAGGCCUUCUGGCGGUUCCCUCAUUGCGAGAAGUGAGGUUACAGGGAACCAGACAGAGGGCCUUCUCGGUAGUGGCACCAGCCAUAUAGAAUGCCCUCCCUUCAGAUGUGAAGGAAAUAAGCAGCUAUCCUAUUUUUAAAAGACAUCUGAAGGCAGCCCUGUUUAGGGAAGUUUUUAAUAUUUAAUGCUGUAUUGUUUUUAACACUUGAUUGGGAGCUGCCCAGAGUGGGUGGGGUAUAAAUAUAUUAUUAUUAUUAUUAUUAUUAUUAUUAUUAUUAUUAUUAUUAAAGAGCUGGCAGUCCGUAGGUUUAUAGGUUGUUCGGUUGAUACCUUCUUUGAACACCUUACAGACAUUCAAAACUUGUGCGUUCUAUUUAAUAGUAUUUUUUUUCCUUUUUAAGGGGUUUCUAACUGGGGAGGCUAUGCUGUCGCUUGCGCCCUAUAUAUCCUCAACACCUGUGAAAUACAUGACCGCUAUCUGAGGAAAGCUGUGGGAUUUCCUAGGUCAUCUGCCAAAAUGAAAUGGUCAUCAGCACUUCCAUCUGUGGCCAAGGUAUUCCCUUUGAAGAAGAUAGUCCAAAAAGAUUGUAUUAGGAUAUUCACAUCUAGGCCUCAUUUUCUGAUAUGUAGAAGUCAUCACUGUUGUAGCCGUGGGAAAAGAGCUGUGCCCAUUAAGUGCUUAAGGGACAAAGACAUAUUAUAAGUCCCCCUCUUCCAGUGUGGCUAAAUACCGUGCUGCUGUAUGCAAAAUUCUCCAGAAACUAAUUUCAGAAAAUUAGAAUGUUGUUUUCUAUUGCUAGUGUUCUGUAUAUACAAUCACUAGUAAUUUUAUUAUUAUAGUAUUUUGUUUUGUUUGGUGUUGUUUUAUAUAUUUGUACAAAUUUUCUUCUUUAAACACUAGUCAUUGGCCAAAGAGAUUGCUUUAUUCUCUCUAAAUAGCCUGAUAUUAAUAUGAGACUAAAAACAUUUUCAUUUUUUGCUCCCAACAAUGACUGCCUGAAUUUAAUAGCAACAAAUAACAUUGGUUGGUUCAUUUUUAAAGGGUCUCACAGCAGAUAAGGUUGUAGGAGACCAAAGGCCAUCUAAUGUUCUUUGUCCAAAUGACAAACAACAACCUAUUCAUCAUCCUUCAAUCUACCUGUACAAGCUAUAACCCUGUGUUCUCUUAUAAGAGAGAAAGUACGGUACCUGAAUUACCUUACCUAAAGACCAUAUAGCAAUACAUGACUCAAGUGAAGCUGUACAGUAGAAUAAUAAUAAUCAAGCAAAAGUAAAAGUCCACUAGUCCAUUUGACCCAGGUGAAAUUUCCUUCUGCACUCACAAAUAAGGCAACUACACAAACUCCAGACUUAAGUAAAACCAAACCCAGGAAAUGUAAUGCAGAGUGGCUUCAUACAUAGAACAAUUCAACAUUUGUGAGGGACAACACUUUCCAGCCCUCAGAAUUUAAAUCUAACUAUAUCCUUCAAAGAUUUGUCCACCUAAGCUGAGCCUCUCAUGAACUUUUGCUCCCCAGUUUUCUGCUUCUAAUAAUUAAGAAUCAUCAUCUGAUUUCCAGCUGUUAAUCCGAAUUGCUCAUUCACUCUGGAGAACAUGCCAGCUCCUGAAAUUCUAUUACUAUAUAAUUUUAAAAGCAUAGUUUAGGUGUCAUUUCUUUUGCACUGAGACCCAAGCCCCUGUCUGGGCAAAUGGACAGAAGCAACUCCUUCACAGAUCCCUUUAAUGGGAUACCCUAUUUCUGGAGGGGAAAGCAAGGAGAAGAGCUGGGUGUCAGGGGCUGGCGUGGGCUGUUUAAAUCCCCUGGGAGUGGACCUGAGGGAAGCCUGAUGGUUCCCUCAGGCAUGCCCCCCGAGGAGUCCCGCCCUCUGUGCCAGCCUGUCAUUGGCCAAUUCGGCAGGCUGGUGUGGAGCUGGAUUUCAAGCCGGGAGCGCAUGUCAAAGCUCAUGCUUCAGCAAGACUAGCCCUGGUGUCCCAGCCCUGCAUCAUUGGUGGGAAGGAGGCGCUGGCCCUCAGAAGCCAGUGUGGUGUAGUGGUUAAGAGUGGUGGACUCGUAAUCUGGUGAACCGGGUUCGCUUCCCUGCUCCUCCACAUGCAGCUGCUUGGGCUAGUCACACUUCUCUGAAGUCUCUCAGCCUCACUCACCUCACAGAGUGUUUGUUGUGGGGGAGGAAGGGAAAGAAGAUUGUUAGCUGCUUUGAGACUCCUUAAGGGGAGUGAAAGGCAGGAUAUCAAGCCCAAGAAGGUAAGCAAUCUUCUCAAAGGAGUUUUUGAGAGGUUGGCUUACCAUAUUGACCUUUCCUUCUUUCCUUCCCUUUCCUUUCCUUUCCUAACCUAUCCUAUAUGUACUGAACUCUACAUGUGAUGAUGUUCAGCAUGACUGAAUUCUCAAAGGUGUCAGUAGAAACUGAUAGUCUUGCAUAAUCUCAAAAGACAGCAAACAGACCAUGCCAGAGUUUUAUCUCACGAGGUACGUCUCUGAUCUGUCUAUUGGUUGUGUGAGAAGUAGUUUUCAAAAACCAAUGAGUGGAAUAUCUUGAAUGGUUUAGCAUGGUCUUGUUGAACAGUUUCUGAAUAACAGCUGUACUGACAAUAAUAUCUCACUUUUUUGUGCAGGAAGAAAGGUUGCUGAACAUAUUACAGCGACUCGAAGUACGCAGUGGGAAAACUGCUAGUCUGGAAAUGGAAGUAGAUGGGCUGCCAUUCUAUGACAUUCAUUCAGCUAUGCUUGAGAAGCUGCUGGAGGAAACUCUGAAGUAACUCUACCCAACAAGAUGCUGAUUUUUAUUUUAUUUCUAAUAGUGAUAUAUAAAUAUUUUAAUAAAUAAAAUAAAUAAAUAAAGAUAUGUAGACUUUGCAAAAAGAAGAAAAAGACUGAUAAAAAGAUGACCUUCUCGGGGUCCCUUCCAACUCUAUUAUUCUGUGAUUCUGUUCAGCUAUCUAUUUUUCUCUGCAUUUCAGAGUGAUAAAGCAAACACACUCGCCUCAUUCAGACAUAAUGCUGAACACAGUUUAGCAUUAUGUCCAAACCCAAACAAACUGUGUUAAGUCCGAACUAUGAAACUAGCCAACUUCAAAUCUUGGUUUAUUAAGCUGGUUUGUUUCAAUAGCACCUAGUUAAGGUUGACCAUAGCUUAGGCUUCCAGUAUGAUGCCAAAAUGGAGGUGGAAGAUUCUGAUCUCCUCUUCCUUGUAGCUGUGCUGGAGGCAAGGAAUGGGGAAAACACAGGCUCAGUAGGGAUGGAGGAGAAAUUCAAUUCAGUUCACAGUAAAACUCACUGAAUUCACACUGUCCACAGCAGUACACAAAUCAAAACACAGCCAUCCUUCAAAAUUUGCACUUCUCUGAAUUUUGCAGUGCAGUUUCCCAGUCAAGUAAUGUGUACAAAAAUACAUGUAAUAGGGUGAAGUGUGGAUAAAAAUGCUUUCUGUAUAUUGGUGAUAAUAGCACAGAAAAAUGGAUUUUCAUAUGGAAAAGUGCAUUUUAUGAUAAAUUUGCACUAAAAUGUUGGUGAAUUUUCAUGAGGACACUUAGAAAAAAAAUCUCAACCUGAUGCAGAAAUGUGGAGAGCUGAAUUUAAGAUUGGGAAAAUGAGACAGCAUUUAAACAUCAGAAUUUGUGGAAAUGUUUCUUAAUGGUCUGUAUCUAUGGAUAUUGGGCAGUCUAGGUUUCCAUGUCAGCAGCUGACAGUAAGCAUGAGUGUUAUAUGCCGCUGCUCAGCUCUGUUGCAUUCAGAACCAGUUCCUGGUUUGUUUAUCCUUGUGGAAUGUUUAGUUUAGUAGAAAUAUUACUGCCAUCUUCAACAGAUGUUUGCCCUGACCCAGAAUUUUUUCUGAGUGACGAUACGGUCAUUACUUUAAAAGUUACUUCAUUUGCCUUAAUGGUUGCUACAAGUCAGACAUUUAUUUUUUAACAGAUGAAUGUGAUCUCUUACCAUGAAUUUACAAUAAAUUAAUCUUACAAUGAA